GCUGUCCCGAUCCCGGCACCGGAGCCCGGACGGAGCCGCCGCCACCACCGGAGCUGGGAGAGGGACCGUGGGGAAAGAGCCAUGGCACAGAAAUACGACGUGGUCGUGAUCGGGGGCGGCAUCUCAGGUUUGUCAGCUGCCAAAUUGCUGUCUGAGUCUGGGGUCAGCGUGGUGGUCCUUGAGGCCCGGGACAGAGUUGGAGGAAGGACAUUCACUAUCAGGAACGAACACGUUAAUUACGUAGAUGUUGGUGGAGCCUAUGUGGGACCUACCCAAAACCGGAUUCUCCGACUGGCAAAAGAACUGGGUGUUGAGACCUACAAAGUGAAUGUUGAGGGCCAUAUGUUCCAUCAUAAGGGGGGAAAGUCACGCAAUUUCACGGGUAUUUGCCCUUCAACAUGCAACCCCUUCGUUUAUCUGGAUUACAAUAACUUCUGGAGAACCAUGGAUAAGAUGGGAAAAGAGAUUCCUGUUGAUGCACCAUGGGAUGCUCCGCAUGCUGAAGAAUGGGACAAAAUGACCAUGAAACAGCUGAUAAAUAAGAUUUGCUGGACCAAAGCUGUUAGAGAUUUUGCCACCACCUUUGUGAACGUCAACGUCACGUCUGAGCCUCAUGAAGUGUCCGCUCUCUGGUUCCUGUGGUAUGUGAGGCAGUGUGGGGGCACAUCCAGGAUCUUCUCUAUCACCAAUGGGGGCCAGGAGAGGAAGUUUGUAGGGGGUUCUGGUCAGAUAUCGGAGAAAAUAAUGGAACGCCUCAAAGGCAGAGUUAAACUGGAGAGACCUGUGAUCAGUAUUGAUCAGACAGGUGAUAAUGUCCUUGUGGAGACUCUAAACCAUGAGAUAUAUGAGGGCAAGUAUGUGAUCAGUGCCAUCCCUCCAAUCCUGACAACGAAGAUUCACUACAAACCAGAGCUGCCACCAAGGAGAAACCAGUUAAUUCAGCGUUUGCCUAUGGGGUCUGUCAUAAAAUGUAUGAUGUACUACAAGGAAGCCUUCUGGACAAGGAAGGGUUACUGUGGUUCCUUCAUCAUUGAGGAUGAAGAGUCUCCAAUUGGAAUAACCAUAGAUGACUCCAAACCUGAUGGAUCUUUCCCUGCCAUUAUGGGUUUCAUUCUUAGCAGAAAGGCUGGAAAACUGGCCCAUCUCAGUAAGGAAGAGAGGAAAAAGAAGAUCUGUGAGGCAUAUGCCAAGGCAUUGGGAAUGAAAGAGGCUUUACAACCUGUGCAUUAUGAAGAAAAGAACUGGACCAUGGAGCAAUAUUCAGGGGGUUGUUACACAGCCUACUUCCCACCAGGCAUAAUGUAUUCCUAUGGAAGGAUCAUUCGCCAGCCUGUUGACAGGAUCUACUUUGCUGGCACGGAGACAGCCACCCAAUGGAGUGGAUACAUGGAGGGGGCCGUGCAGGCAGGGGAGAGAGCAGCCCGAGAGAUAUUGUACAGUAUGGGGAAGAUCUCAAAGAGUGAAAUUUGGAUGCCAGAGCCAGAAUCAAAGGAUGUCCCAGCUCGACCAUUCACCACCACCUUCUGGGAGAGGAACCUCCCCUCUGCUCCAGGACUGCUGUGCCUGCUCAGCUGUACUGUGUGUCUCACCUCUGUGGCUGCUGCAGCGCUGUUUGCCUGUAAAAAGGGACUACUAAAUCGAAACUAGCGGGGACCACACGCCCAGUGGAAGCUGAAUACUCCCUCUUCUUACUUUUUAUCAGACAAGUGUUAUUUUGGAAAAGGGCAAAAGUUAUUCUCCUUGUGAUUUUUCUUUUUGGCCCCAUAAUUAAUGCAUCAAAUCCACUGGAGUUGCUACCAGCUAAACAGAAAUAAAUCAACUGUGGGGGUGUUUUUUCAAAUUUGCCUUUUUCUUGUCCAUUUGUUUUGGUUGGACAUGAUAACAUCAAUGGUAUAUUCCUAAUACAGGCAAGGCAAAAUGCAGAUCACACCUUUUCCGAAUUACAGAGAGGUCUUGGAGAAUGUUUUUGUUUCCACUCAGGACUAUUUUUUCACCAUACAAGAUAACAAAUGCCCUUAUGUAUUCACCUCAGUUACCAGCUCCGAAUAUCCGAGGUUAUUCCCACAACAUCCCCGCUGCACAGAAGAGAUUAGCUUGCCAAUCAGAGGUAGAAUUGCCAAAUUAAUUUCCAAACGCAUUUGAUUAAUUAUUAAUCAUCGCAACGUGAAACUUAACCCCGAGCUGAAUGAAAGAGGGUAAUUAGCAAAAAGCACAUCACUACAUGGCAAGGGAGGAAGCAUGGCUGGACUUUCUUCUACCCACUGCCAAGCAAACAUCUGCACUGACCUGUCCUGUGUGGUGCCUGAUCUGGUGUGACACGACCAGGACGGGGCUCUUGGUCACUUCCUGCCCCGAGAGCACCUGAUCCAGCCCAGCCGUGUGCUGUUACAGCACAGUGCAAUGAAUUAGCAAAGUGAAAUCCCCUCUGACUUGCAGCGGUGCUGGCUGUUUUUUUCCAAAUGGGAGCAGCUUCCUGGCUGCCUGUCAAUUCACUGCCCCCCGUUCUGCUCAUAAGCCGUACCGCCUUCUUCCAAUAAGGAGAAAUGUGUUUGAGGCUUGAAUUACUGCCUUGUAAAUUACAGUAAUUGGAUGCAUCUGCCUGUUCCGCUCUUAUUAUGUACAUGAUACACUUAAAAUAAUCACUUUAGUGUUUAACUGAAGUCUGGAAUGUAUGUUUCACAAUGUACCAUCAUUAUGUGGUCUUUUUGCCAUGAAUUUUGAGCAUUGUACGUGUCCAUGAAUGCAACUGUCAUUCAACAUGGGUGAAAUGUGCCUUUCGAUAGCCCUGAAACCUUGAUCUUCUUAUAAAUUUUUCUUCAGAUUC